AUGGCCACCUACCCGCUCGACGCUCCGCUCGUCGGCGACCCCGACACCAACCCGCGUACGGCGCUCCAGUGGCUCGCAAAGCAGCGGCACGAGCCGACAAGACAGCCCUACAACGUCGUGCAGCGUGGCGAGCUCGUCCUCUCGCAGUCGUCGCUCGUCUCGUCGCUCUCCCAGGACGAGCUGUGGGCCUUUCUCGAGCAGGUCGGCGCCGCCGCCAUCGAGCUAGGACGCUGGGAGCUCGCCGAGCCCUGCCUCUCGCGCCUCCAGUCCCGCUUCCCCGCUUCGGCAAGGGUCAAGUGCCUCCAUGGCAUGCUCCUCGAGGGCAAGGGCGAGUACAGCCGGGCGCUCGACUUUUAUGAGGCUGAGCUCGAGCAAGACGGUACCUCGGUGACGCUUUCCAGACGGCUCGUGGCGACACUGCGAGCGCUCCCCACCUCUCACCCGAGGGGCGGCCCGCAAAAGGCCAUCGAGGCGCUCAACAAGCACCUCGACACCUUCUACCAGGACCCGGAAGGAUGGCAGGAGCUGGCAGAGAUGUACGCCGAGCUCGGACAGUACCAGCAGUCGGUGUUUGCUCUCGAGGAGCUCGUGCUCCUGGUGCCACAGAAUUCCUUCUACCAGCUCAAGCUGGCAGAGACGCUGUACACGGCCGGGCACCUGGCGCGCAGCUACAAGUCCUACCUGCGCGUCCUCGAGAUGUGCAAGAGCGACGACGGCAUCGUCGACGGCAGCGCCAACGGCCCCUGGCUCCGAGCGCUGUGGGGGACAAAGAUGUGCACGUCGGCGAUUCUCUCGCAGCCCACUCACCUCUCGAACCGCGAGACGGCGACAAUAUCCAGCGCGGGCACCGAGGACAUUUCGCUCGACAAGGUCAAGGCCAUCGACCAGCUCGUCACCAGGCUGCUCCUCGAAAACGUCUACUCGCCCGCCCUCUCGGCCCAGGGCACCGAAGCGGCCAAGACGGUCCGCGACGUCGUCAGAAAGGUGCUCGCCGCUGCGUGA